CCGUGACCUGGGGGAGACGAGAACCACAGCAAUGGGAUGUCACCCUGCUCUCCACCGUGGCACCGAGACAUAUGCGUACGCCCCAGGCGGGCGACUGAGAAAGUCUGAGAGCCCCCAGAUAGCGUGGGCUGUGCUGGUUGGCCAAUGGGCAACUUGUCACUUGAAGCCGUUAGCAAAUGGCUCCGAAAAAGUGGCCGCCCCUCCCAUUGUUCAUUGCGCGCUGUCUCCUCAACGUUAUCUCAGGAUCCAGUCCGACCCUCCUCCUCUCGAACCUGUCUGUGGAACUGGGGCCCUGGGAGGCAUAUGUGAAGUGGAGAGCACGAAUCUUUGGGCCCGGGUCGGUGAGGGGAGACGACCCACGCAGAGGUCCAGGUCCGCGACGCUGGAGACAAAGCCAGGAGGCUAGCCUGCAUCGCAAUCUGCGUGCUGUAGUACACAACAGUCUCUGCUGCUAUUCCGUCACUCUGUCUUACACUGGAAAUCGUCGAAGUCGAGGAGGCUCAUCGGGAAGAAAAUCCUGCAGGCAAGCCACACCCAUGAUGUCCAACCAGGCUUCUUGCCAGGGUUGCAGCGGCUUUUGCUACACGCCUCGGCACGGCAUCCACGGAAACUGGCUGUUCCCUAACUUCCUUUUCAAGAGCUUGGGUUGCCAAGAAGUCGACUCCGGCCAGACAACUGGCUGGUCCGAGAAUGCAUGUGGUGUGGGUGGACCAGGGGGGCUGAUCUUGGCCGCCCCAGGUUUCCCUCAUCCUUGAAGAGCCCCGACGUCGUGCAGCCGACAGAGCCAACGACCGCGGCUGGCACAUAGUCUGACCUCGAUGCCUCAACUUGAGCGACCAUGCUGCACUGGCGGCGCUACCGCGUGAUGGCUUGUGAUGGUGCAAAUCAUCCAAUGCGAAAGAUGCACGCA